GCUCCUCCCUGCUCUGGUGCUCCUCGGGGCGCUGGCCGCCCCCCCAGGGGCUGCCACGACGUGCCCAGCCUGCUCCUUCCCAGGAACCUGCAGAGAGACCGUCUGUCCUCCCGCCAAGGCCUCCUGCCUGUUCCGCCAGAUGCAGCUGGAGAACGAGAUCUUCAUCAAGAACGGGUCGUGCGUGGCCCCGCAGGAAUGCCGGGAAGGCGUCCUAGCCCUGACCUACGCCCCCGGCUCGGUUCUCAGCGCGGCCUGCUGUGACAACAACUGCAGCCUGGUCGCCCCACCAGCAGGCGGGGCCCCGCCCAACGGGGUGAAGUGUCCUUUCUGCUCCGGGAGCGGUUCCACCCCCUGCGACUCCCUCUCGGUCCUGAGCUGCACCGGCCCCCAGACCGUGUGUGCCACCCUCCGGGGCACAUGGACGCGAGGGGGGCCCCCGGUGCUCCAGGGCUGUGCCACGCCGGCGCUGUGCCGCCUGCCAGCGAACAGCAUGCUGGGCCCCGAAGCGUUUGGGUUUCGCCUCACGACCCCGCCUGAGUGCCGCUCCGAGGACCUAACCACCCGGCCAGUUUCCCAAGCAGCUUCCACCCGCAGCAAAGCCAAGGCCACCACCACCUGCUUCACCUGCUCAGACAGCGGCCACUGCCACCCACUCUCCUGCCCGGUGGAGAGGAACUACUGCCUCCAGGCGGCGGGCGUCCUGGCCGUAGGGGGCGGGGACUCUGUCUCCUGGAGAAACGGCUCCUGCGUGGCCGCCGAGGACUGCAGAUCGGACCAGCCCGGUGCCUCUGGCCUGACCCUCAGCGCCGGUCUGGGCUACUGGGUCAACACCACCUGCUGCCAAGGCAGCUGCCAGGAGCCCGCGCCUCCGGGUACGCUGCCCCGGACGCCAGCCCUGACCAGGUUCCUGUGUCCCACCUGUGCCGGCGGCCUCCCAGGGCCCUGCGACUCCUCCCUGUACGUGCAGUGCCCCCGUGGGGAGAUCACGUGUGUCCAGCUGGACCUGGUGUCUGAAGGAGGCGGCCGGAACCUGAGCGUGCGGGGCUGCGGCUCCCGCGACCUGUGCAACGGGACGGCGGCGCUCCCGCCCGGCCUGCGGCUGGCCGGCCCGCCCAGCUGCAGCUCCCGCAGGCGCGCCGUCCUCGCCUACACCUGCUCCUGGGGGUCGGGGUCGGGGUCCGGGUCCGGGUCCGGGUCCGGGGCGGCGCCAGGCCCCCACCUCGCCCUGCCCGCGCUGGGGGCGCUGGUGGCGCUGGCCGCCCUGGCCCUGGCCUAGCGCCCCCCCAGCACC